AAUUUAUCCAUUUCCGUGGCCAACUCUGUACAAUCAGACGUGAGGGAAUUGGUCUGCAUCACCAUUCUCUCUGUUCCAUUGUUCUUCCGUGUUAAGGAUGUCGGCGAAAUGGAGAGCGUACCUCCCACACGGGGUCCUCCGGGUAAUUGCUAGCAAGCUGUUUUCUAUGGAUCUUCGCUGAGGUAUACAUAUAAUGCCCAGGCAAGAGGCAGAGGAGGAGAACACACGUCGAACGUCAACAAGGAAAAGUGCGAAGAAGCAGACAACUGAACCUUAUCACUUGUUUUCCUGUAUUUCACUUCCAGCAUGGGUGUGCAUAAUAUCAUCCGGCGAGCUACUGCUCUAGCGCUUUGCGUUGCGUUUGGGGCCGUCAGUCUCUCCAAUGUGAACGCCCAAGCCAUUGAUCCGGACCUCAAGCCAUCGGAGCCAAGCAAAACGCCUAUCUCGUCUAUCGACACGAGCCAAGACAAGUACGAUCGUCUCGUCCUCACCGUCGAGGGUGAGCCGUUUUUCUACAACGGGGUGCAGAUUCGCGUUGAUAAGACCGAAGAUGUUUGGGGGUUGACGGAUGAGGAUAAUCGAAGGCUCUUCCAGAAGGCUGCAGAAGCCGGAUUCACCGUGGUGAACUCCCAGGUCCGCUGGAUAGACAUCCAGCCGGACAAGGCGUUCAACGCAUCUGAAGGAACCUAUAUCCAGGGUGGGAGCGAGCAAGACUCGAACUUCGCCUCCGAGGACUCGUUGAAGUUUGGUUAUAAAGAGGGGUCCGACGAGGACAAGCAGCUCACGUACUUGAAGUUCGACUACUCUGAAUAUCCAUUUGAUGCUGUCCAUGCCGCUAAGAUCCGUGUCCAUGUCAACUCAGACCCCAUAAAUGGAGAGAACUUCUCUGCCAAUCUAUAUGGGAUCACCAAUAACAGCUGGGAAGCGUCUGAAAUAACCUGGAACUCUGGGGCUCCUAAUCACAGCGGUGAUGAAGUCACUGGGGAGAAAGAUCAAGACUACUUCCUGGUUGCUCAGAGCCCUUCCUGGGACAUAAUCUCGGAACAGGGAUACUAUGAUUUUGAUGUAUCAGACUUUAUUAUCGACCAUGCUUCAGAUAAGACUGCCAGCUUCAUUCUUCAAGCCUCCUCUGACGGUGCUGGCGAGAAUGCGAUCGGCGCCAGUAUCAAUGGCACAGACACAGCCUUUCCACCACAGCUUGUGCUGUCCAAUGAGGACGAGUAUGACUGGACGUACCUCGACAAGAUGCUUGAAUGGAGCGAAGAAUUUGGGCUCAAGUUUGAGAUUGUAUGGUUCGGGUCGGAUUCCACUGGCGUUACGAUGGACAACCGGGUGCCGCAUUACAUCCUACAAAACACCAAGUUGGAGGAAAUCCCAGAAGACGGCUCGGAGGACCACAUAGUAAAGUUCAAGAAGCAGGACGAUCCGGCAUACGGCAUCUAUUGGUUUCUAAUGGACAAGAAUGACCUCGAUACCCGAAAAAAGGAGAAAAAGGCUAUCAAAUCCAUGCUCAACCACGUCGCAGCCCGGGACGAGAAGAACGAGAACAGGAGAACUCUUAUUGGUGUUGAUGUGGCGAACGAACCUGGCGUCUUUCAGCUUCAUGGGAGUGCAUUCGAGCCGUGGCACAACCCUGAUACAUGGGGGACGUUUGACGAUUUUGCCUCCGAGCAAGAUUUUAUUGACCGCACGCUUUGGGAGUUCAUGAUCAACCUUGCCAACGCUGUCAAAGAAUCGGACUACCCGGUCUGGACCAGAUCUAACGAUGUCAGACAUGUUGAUGCCAACACCGUCAGUUACAACGAAGAAAGGAGGGAGGACGGGGGCACUAGCCUGGAUUUCAUUGGCUUGGACCCGUACGAGGAAGAAGAGCGAACCCUUUUCAAGUUUGGCCACGAGGCGAUUGACAUCAAUGGCAAGGAGAAGAACUAUCCAGCCGGCCUGAACUUGCCCAUGGUCAUGGAGAACUCGGGCGCCGUCGAUAACGCUGCGAACCUAUUGCUGGCCACACUUGCUGGCGGGGGGCUGUACAACGUCUAUGAUCUCUACAGCUCGGACGACUUUGGCUUGUACAUUCCGGGGGACAAUGACGACUACAAGAACCCCGUCAAACGGGGCGACUACGUCUACGACGUGAUCAAAACCAACAAACUACUGCUGAAGGUGUCGAGCGACCUGGCAACUCGGCGACCCGUUGGUGCUGGCGGAGACAAACUCGCCUACCUCAACCCAUUGCUUGAUGGCGACAUCGAGCCGUUCAAGUUUGGCGACGUCGAUGUCGCAUACAACCCGGAAAAUCAAGAAACUUCCGUCGGCAUCGCUGUCGCGAAGUCCGAAACCGAGCUGGUGGUGUUGAGCACUGGGGAGGCGACCUACAAGUUAAACGGGCUGGGAGGACAGGAGGACAAGUCGAUUGAGACAGGCUCCUAUGAGAGCGGCAAGUGGGAAGUCGACGAGCAAGUUGAGUAUAGCGAGGGCGACAACAGCACAAGUUUCAACAUUGGCGCUUAUAUCGCCAUCCGCGUUCUCCUCCAGGAGUGA